CAUUCGAUUGACUGCUACUGUGCUAAAUUCAGGAUUGUCAACCGCGUGAAUAUAACUCCUCCACGGAUAUUUGGAUUCUCUCUCCAUAGCAACAGAGCGUCGGGACCCAGCUGGGGAGUGUUUUAUCUAGCUCUGCUCUGCCGACGAAUGGCAGAGCAGAGCACAGGGAGGUAGAGACAGAAUUUAAAAAAACUUGCAUUCACUUCAGCUGUGUUACUGUGCGAUUGUCUCUCUUAGAUCAGCAGGCAGAUCGACAAGCAUUUCCACGCAGAUACCAGAGACAAAUGGAGAGAUGCAACAAUUUCACUCUUCACUUGAUCUGCCUGAGACUGAAUCACCCCAGCGCGUAUCCUUUUGUGUCAGAGACCCAUGUGUCCUCCUCAAUCAAUCCCCCAAGACCGACUGUGGGUUAACCCGGCAGACAGAGCCCCCUCCUCAGCCUCCCUCUCCCUGUCUGUGCCUCUAAUGUUGCUCUGUUCCUGCUUUGCCAGUUUCUAUUUACCCCAGCUAAGUAACCUUCCUCUUUCUGCAAAGCUCUCGCCCUUACUCUCGCUGUCUCCCUCUCACUGCUUGCUAUCUCCCUACCCUAGCUUCUUCAAAGCCAGCAGCUUGCUUUUCUCUCCAGGCUGCUUGCUACAUGAUCUCUUGGAAAACAGUGCUCGAGGCUGCUCUCUCGCUGCUCGAUGCCGGAGCUCUCUCAGAUUUUCAUCUCAAGAACGUCAAGAUGCUCCUGCAGAGGGAUUGAUCCCACCUUUUCCCCUCUUGUUCUCCCCUUCCCCUCCCCUUUCCUAAUCUCCUGACCUCUGACCCUCACGCCCCCUUCUCUUUCCAGACACCCCUUCCCAUUCUUCCUCACCCCAAGUCUCCACUCCUCCUCUCUGCGCUUACCCUGUUGACCAUGUUGCCAUGUGUCUGCUGGCUCCAGCCUCUCGUCUUGCUGUCCUCUGUCUUACGGGCUCAGGGGGAAAACUGCCCAGCGAGCUGCCUGUGCCCGGAUCCCCACACUGUGGACUGCAGCGGCCGUGGACUCACCCGUCUUCCCGAUGAGAUCCCCUUGGACGUCCGCAGGCUCCUUCUGUCUGACAACUGGAUCCCCCGCAUUCCCUCUGACUUCCUAGUGCUCUACAGUGACCUGGUCUACCUGGACCUGCGGAACAACGCUCUGUCCCACAUCGAGCCGGGCACCCUCAGCACCUCUUCCAGGCUGGUGUUUCUGGACUUAGGCAGCAACAACCUGACUGACAUCCCCUCGGGCACCUUUGGGCAGUCCCGUAGCCUGAUCAAACUUCGCCUGAGUAACAACCCCUAUCUGAGCAUGGUCAACGAGGACGCGUUCCUGGGCCUCACCUCGUUGCGUGAACUGGAGCUGGAGCGUAAUGCCCUGUCUGGCCUUCAGGUGGGGGCGCUGAGCCAGUUGCCCUCUUUACGGGUGGUGAGGCUGGAGGGCAACCCUUGGGUGUGCAACUGCAACUUUGCCAACCUGUUUGCAUGGCUGGAGGAAAACAGUCACAAGCUUCCAAAUGGAGUGGAGGGCAUAGAGUGUUCACUACCCAUGGAUGGCAGACAGGUGUCCCUGAGCCAGCUCUCACAGGACAGCUUCCGGGAGUGCCAGAUCACCCUUACCUUAACAGACUUACUUAUCAUCAUCUUCUCCGGCAUCUCUGUGUCUGUAGUGGCCAUCAUGACCAGCUUUUUCCUGGCCUCCAUUGUCCACUGUUUCCAACGUACAAGCAAAACCUCUAAGGGAGAUGAGGAGGAGAGUGAGGAGUGAGACUGUCUUAGCCCCAGAGCAUGCCUGAACUGACACUUCAUCUGGUUCAACCUUGAGACCAGGCUGCUGCCCAACAACAACUUUCCACCUCACACUGGUAGAGAACUGGGAGAGGGAUAGACUGUUUUAGUGGCACAUUUUGCAGUGGAUUGUGGGGUUUUAUAGGAGCCCUGAUAUUGCAGGAGAUAUUGUCCUCUCUAGGUGGGAAAAAUAUAUAAACAUGUCCCAGUAUGAAUUAUAGUCACAGACAGAAUAUACAAUACUCUCUGUCUGUGCUGUUGACAGUAUACACUCUUAGAAGUAAAAAGGUCUGGAAUAUCUUUUUGGGGUUAAAAAAAUUGCCACAGAGGUGGAACCUUUCCCGUUCAAAAAGGUUCCCUGAGGAACCCCUCUGAAAAGAUUAUUUGAAGAACCCUUUGCUACAUUGAAACAUUAAAGGUUCCUCCAAGAACGUCUCAACUAACCAAAGGUGCAAGUAUGAACCAUUGACCAUCAAUGCUUCCUUGAGGAACUCCAAGCAUUCCUUGGGGAUCGCCAGGGUUACGGAAGUCUCCACUAAUUCUAAGAGUGUACUGUGGUUGCUCUUUGAAAAAAUACUGUAUAGCUCUGUUAUACACACAAAUUAACUGGUGGCUGAUGAUUCCAUAGGAACACCAAGAUGUAGAAAAAAUCUCAAACAAUGUUUAGAAAGAAUUGCACGUUUUGCAGUUAGCUUUUCGGUGCCCAGACUCAAACAAAGACAUGCAUUCUUUGACGAAACAUCUCCAAUCAACAGUGGAUGAACAGAAGAGAAAAGCAAAUAAUACAGACUUUACAGGAAAACUAUUUAAAUUUUAGGUUUGACAUUUUUACAUCUUAAAGAUGUUUAUACAGUCAUCAAACUGUGAAUAAUUGUGAAAUGUAUUAACAGCACCAGCUAUAAGUAGCAGCAGGCACUUUUAAAGCCCAAAAUGAAUGCACUGAGCAAGUGAAAACGUUUGUAGGAGGAUACUGUAUGUGUCAUAUUGAACCAGGGCCUUAGACUGCCAGCCAUGUAAAACACAUGAUACACUAUAUGGAGUGUCCUACCUUCUCAAGGAGGUUUUCAACAUGUUUUAUUCUGAGAUUGCUUCACAAGUUAGCUAGCAUUCUACAAAAAUGGCUUUGCUGUUUCAGCAUGCGAUAGUGAUUCAGGGCAGCAGCCUGGGUAAGAGGGGUGUGAUGUGAUGGACAAUAUAAUGAAUCUGACACAUGCAGAUAGACUCCGAUGUAUAGGUCUACAAAUGGUUUUAUAUACAAUAUAUCUCCACAAAUGUCUGUGUCGAUGGAAAUAUAGUAAGCAAAAUGUUAGACAAAGAGGAUAAAUGUUUCCUAGAUUGAGAAUUGUGAAUUGUGUAAAAUUCCAUGCAUAUAUUCUCAUAAACAAUGAGAAUUAAAUAGGAUUGAUGUGUCAAAUACUGCACUUUAAAUGGUGACCAUUGUACCUGAGUUUGGCCCAUAAAUUUAUAGAGUGGACUAGUGUUACCUAUAUCUGCCAAAGAUUAGGUGUAGAGGAAAUUGGUAUUAGGAACUUACAUGUGGAUUAUGUUGUGUACAGUGUAGGAGAGUUGGUCUUUAAAAGGAAUCUGCAGUAUAACCAAAUAUUUUAUCAAUGUAAUUGUAAAAUCACUUAUUUAUGGUCUCCAUGCAGAUUGCAAAUUGCCUCAAACCUUGGAUAGGUUGCCUAUUCAAAAUUAUCAUUCCAGCUACUGGUGUUCCCUCAAAUGCAAAGAAAAAUUACAUUAUAUACAGUACCAGUAAAAAGAUUGGACACGUACUUAUUCAAGGGUUUUUCUUUCUUUCUUUUUUACUAUUUUCUACACUGUAGAAUAAUAGGGAAGACAUCAAAGCUAUGAAAUAACAUAUGGAAUCAUGUUGUAACCAAAAAAAGUGUUUAACAAAUCAAAACAUAUUUAUAUUUGAGAUUCUUCAAAGUAGCCAAACUUUGCCUUGAUGACAGCUUUGCACACUCUUGGCAUUCUCUUAACCAGCUUCAUGAGGAAUGCUUUUCCAAGGAGGGAGUUCCAACAUAUACUGACACUUGUUGGCUGCUUUUCCUACACUCAUCCCAAACCAUCUCAAUUGGGUUGAGGUCGGGUGAUUGUGGAAGCCAGGUCAUCUGAUGCAGCAAUCCAUCACGCUCCUUCUUGGUCAAAUAUCCCUUACACAGCCUGGAGGGGUGUUUUGGUUCAUUGUUCUGUUGAAAAACAAAUUAUAGUAACACUAUGUGCAAACCAGAUGGGAUGGCGUAUUGCUGCAGAAUGCUGUGGUAGCCAUAAUUGGUUAAGUGUGUCUUGAAUUCUAAAUAAAACACUGAGAGUUUCACAAGCAAAGUACCCCAACACCAUCACACCUCCUCCUCCAUGCUUCACGGUGGGAACCACACAUGCGGAGAUAAUCUGUUCACCUUCUCUGCGUCUCACAAAGACAUGGCGGUUCGAACCAAAAAUCUCAAAUUUGGACUCAUCAGACCAAAGGACAGAUUUCCAUCGGUCUAAUGUACAUUGCUCGUGUUUCUUGGCCCAAGCAAGUCUCUUCUUCUUAUUGGUGUCCUUUAGUAGUGGUUUCUUUGCAGCAGUUCGACCAUGGAGGCCUGAUUCACACAGUGUCUGUUACUUGAACUCUGUGAAACAUUUAUUUGGGCUGAAAUUGUCAUGGUUCAACUUGUCAACAGAGGGCGUCAGAGACCAUCCUAGAGACAAUUAUGACACUUCAGUGCACUCUAUUAGUCAUUAUGAUUUCCCCUUUAAAAGAGGUGUGUUUUCCGUUUCUCUUUACAGAAGAUUGAAUUGUUUACCAUGUGCUUUUGUUUCCUGAGUGAGUUUUAGAGACUUAGUAUUUGUUUGUUUUUUCCAGUGUACUGUGAUCCUGUGGCUACUGUUUCUCAGUAAAGUAUUUAUGUUUAUCCUUAACCACUGAUGGUUAUAUAUAUUUUUUUAUUAAAUGAUCGUGAUUCACCGAAUUGGGGUUGGAAGGAGCACAGAUGUUUCACUGUGGGGGUAGUCCUGAAUCAGGACAAGGGGUGACAGUGAAGGGUGGGGGAUACAAAUAUUGGUUAAGGGUAUAGUAAUUGAUGCAGGGAAUCUUGUUGGGUCUGGUCUCUUCUCUGCAUCUGGGUCCAACCUCGCCAUGUCAGAGCAAUAUGAGGUGCUGUUAACUCUAAUGAACUUAUCCUCUGCAACAGAGGUAACUCUGGGUUCCUCCUUUCCUGUGGCGUUCCUCGUGAGAGCCCGAUUCAUCAUAGCGCUUGAUGGUUUUUGCGACUGCGCUGGAAGAAACUUUUAAAGUUCUUAAUUUUCCGGAUUGACUGACCUUCAUGUCUUAAAGUAAUGAUUUGCUGUUGUUUCUCUUUGCUUAUUUGAGCUGUUUUUGCCAUAACAUGGACUUUGCCAUUUACCAAACAGUUUAUCUUCUGUAUACCACCCCUACCUUGUCACAACACAACAAAUUGGCUCAAAUGCAUUUAAGAAAGAAAGAAAUCCCGCAAAUGAACUUAUAACAAGGCACACCUGUAAAUUUAAAUGCAUUCCAGGUGAAGCUAGUUGAGAGAAUGCCAAGAGGGUGCAAAGCUGUCAUCAACGUGAAGGGUGGCUACUUUGAAGAAUCUGUUAAACACUUUUGUUGGUUACUACAUGAUUCCAUAAGUGUCAUUUCAUAGUUUUACUGUCUUCACUAUUAUUUUAUAAUGUAGAAAAUAGUAAAAAUAAGGAAAAACCCUUGAAUCAGUAGAUGUGUCCAUACUUUUGACUGAUUAAAUAUAUACUACCGUUCAAAAGUUUGGGGUCACUUUGAAAUGUCCUUGUUUUUUAAAGAAAAGCAUUUUUUUUUGUCCGUUAAAAUAACAGAAAUACAGUGUAGACAUUGUUAAUGUUGUAAAUGACUAUUGUAGCUGGAAACAGCAUAUUUUUAAUGGAAUAUCUACAUAGGCGUACAGAGGCUCAUUAUCAGCAACCAUCACUCCUGUGUUCCAAUGGCACAUUAUAUUAGCUAAUCCAAGUUUGUCAUUUUAAAAGGUUAAUUGAUCAUUAGAAAACCCUUUUGAAAUUAUGUUAGCACAGCUGAAAACUGUUGUUGUCACAGUCGUAAAGAGGAGACCAAAGCGCAGCGUGAUUAGAAUACAUGUUAUACAUUUUAAUAAAGACGGACACUAAACAAACAACAAAACAACAAAACAAUAACCCAAGAAAUACCCAAAGAAGAUGGCUGCCUAAAUAUGGUUCCCAAUCAGAGACAACGAUAAACACCUGCCUCUAAUUGAGAACCAAUCUAGGCAACCAUAGACACAUAUAAAACACCUGGAUGAUAAACAACUCCAUAAACCUACAAAACCCUAGACAGGGCGUGACAGUUGUGCUGAUUAAAGAAGCAAUAAAACUGGCCUUUUUUAUACUAGUUGAGUAUCUUGAGCAUCAGCAUUUGUGGGCUCGAUUACAGGCUCAAAAAGUUCAGAAACAAAGGACUUUCUUCUGAAACUUGUUAGUCUAUUCUUGUGCUGAGAAAUUAAGGCUAUUCCAUGUGAGAAAUUGCCAAGAAACUGAAGAUCUUGUAAACGUGGUGUGCUACUCCCUUCACAGAACAGCGCAAACUGGCUCUAAUCAGAAUAGAAUGAGGAGUGGGAGGCCCCGGUGCACAACUAAGCAAGAGGACAAGGAGAUUACAGUGUCUAGUUUGAGAAACAGACAACUCAAAGGUCCUCAAUUGGCAGCUUUAUUAAAUAGUACCCGCAAAACACCAGUCUAAAUAUCAACAGUGAAGAGGUGAAAACGGGAUGCUGGCCUUCUUUCUGAAACAUUAUAUUUACAUAAGUAUUCAGACCCUUUACUCAGUACUUUGUUGAAGCUAUUUUGGCAGCAAUUACAGCCCCAAGUCUUCUUGGGUAUGAGACUACAAGCUUGGCACACCUGUAUAUGGGGAGUUUCUCCCGUUCUUCUCUGCAGAUCCUCUCAAGCUUUGUCUGGUUGGAUGGGGAGUGACGCUCCACAGCUAUUUCAGGUAUCUCCAGAGAUAUUUGAUCAGGUUCAAGUGCGUACUCUGGCUGGGCCACUAAAGGACUUUCAAGGAGACUUGUCCUGAAGCCAUUCCUGCAUUGUCUUGGCUGUGUGCUUAGGGUCGUUGUCCUGAUGGAAGGUGAACUUUCACCCCAGUCUGAUAUCCUGAGCGAGCUGGAGCAAGUUUUCAUCAAGUAUCUCUCUGUACUUUGCUCCGUUCAUCUUUCCCUCGAUCAUGACUAGUCUCCCAGUCCCUACCGAUGAAAAACGUCCUCACUGCAUGAUGCUGCCACCACCAUGAUUCACUGUAGGGAUGUUACCAUGUUUCCUCCAGACGUGACUCUUGGCAUUUAGGCCAAAGAGUUCAAUCUCGGUUUCAUCAGACCAGAGAAUUUUGUUUGUCAUGAAAAGCCCUCAUUUCAGCAAACUCCAAGUAGCCUGUCAUGUGUCUUUUCCUGAGGAGUGGAUUCCGUCUGGCCACUCUACCAUAAAGACCUGAUUGGAGUGCUGCAGAGAUGGUUGUCCUUCUAGAAGGUUAUUUUUCUUGGUCACCUCCCUGACCAAGGCCCUUCUUCCCCGAUUGCUAAGUUUGGCCGGAAGAGCUCAAGGUAGGAAGAGUCUUUGUGGUUCCAAAUGUUUUCCAUUUAAGAAUGAGAGAGGCCACUGUGUUUUGGGGGACCUUCAAUGCUGCAGACUUUUUUUGAUACCAUUCCCCAGAUCUGUGCCUCGACACAAUCCUGUCUCUGAGUUCUACGAACAAGUCCUUCGACCUAAUGGCUUGAUAUUUGCUCUGACAUGCUCUGUCUACUGUGGGACCUUAUAUAGACAGGUGUGUGACUUUCCAAAUCCAGUCCAAUAACUGUAAUUUACGACAGGUGGACUCCAAUCAAUUUGUAGAAAAAUCUCAAGGAUGAUCAAUGGAAACAGGAUGCGCCUGAACUCAAUUUCGAGAGUCAUAGCAAAGAGUCUGAAUACUUAUGUACUAGUCAAAAGUUUAGACACAUGUACUCAUUCCAGGGUUUUUCUUUAUAUUUACUAUUUUCCACAUUGUAGAAUAAUAGUGAAGACAUCAAAACUAUGAAAUAACACAUAUGGAAUCAUGUAGUAAGCAACAUAAUUGUUAAACAAGUCAAAAUACAUUUUAGAUUAUUCAAAUUAGCCACCCUUUUGACUUGAUAACAGCUUUGCACACUGAUUAGAAUCAAUGUGCCCCAUACACUUUUAGCACAGAGAAUUCAUAUAAAAGGAAUAGUUAAGAGCUCUCAGACACCGCCGUUGGUUGUUGAUUAUGUACUGAUUUCUUUUCUUCAAUGGGAUAGGUUGAUCAGUAGAAUAUAUUCUAGGAAGAUUCUAGUUCAUAUUUACAACCCUCAGAUGAUAGUUUUUCAUCCUCUGAAUAUGAUGUCUCCUAUCAUUAGUGUUGGUUGCCAAGGACAGCAGGGAAGAUGAAGUUCAUAUAUUUUUUGGGCAACUACAUAAAUGUUUUAUUAUAGUUAGUUAUAUGUCCAUCAUACGCCAUGUAGUAUAACAUAGAUAUGUGUUACCAAUAUGUCUGUUUAGGCAGUUUCCUAUGAACAUAGCCUGGUGCAUGAAGUAACGAUAAUAGCAAUCUGUUAAUUGUCAAGCAUGUUUGUCAUUCAUCAUAUUCAAUAUAAAGGCAAUUAAUUAUCCUGACUAAUAAUCCACCACCACCACAGUGGGCAAUGUGAAAGUUAUUGUUUUUCUUUUUACCAUGAAUAAGUAACAAUGUGUAAUAGCGGAUAUAUCUUACAUGAAUCCUUAGAAUAUUGGAAGUUGAGGUCCUAAGAGCCACAGAAAUACACCUUGCAAGUACCGCAGAUUACUUCUAACUACCAUGUAGUUACAGUGAAAUUCAUUACAAAUAUUUUUGUUAGCUUUGAGACAUUUUCAGCAUGUCGUUUAUUUAAUUAUUUUGAUUAUUUGUAAGUUAACGAAUUUAUCAUUAGAUACAAACAAAGAAGCAUGUAACCCUAGUUUUUAAUUCUGAUUUCCAGAUUAAUUUGUAUAGUUUUCUAUUAAAGUUUAUGGGAUGCAAGUCUACUGUGUUUUCACAUAUCACAUGGGAGGUCCCCUGGCUGUCUGUGCCAGUUCACCUAAACAAUGGUUGUAUAACCGUGAAGAACACGUCAUCAAUGGAUACUCUCCUAUGUGUUUAUCUCGACAUCAAAUGAGACGUCACUCCACUUAAUGUUGAAAAAGUCGAAAGAGGUUUCAAGGCUAUUGAAACCAUUUGUAUGUUUGCAAACAUUUGAAAGGUGUGAGUUGUGUGAAUCCAUGUCAUAAAGAUUGUAACAAUGGUUUGUCAGUGUGAAGACUGUCUAAAACCAUACGAGACAAAGUCAGUUAGGCUUCGUCUGUAUUUGUAAUGUUACCAGACCUGUAAGCCUUCUCGCGUAAAGGCGUACUAUUUUGCUCAUGUCAUUACAUUUUUCUCUCAGGCUGUGUAAUCUUGUGUUAAGUACAUAAAUCAUUA